UCCAACGCCAGAGGCCAAGGCGAGAGCUGAAGGCAGUUGCUGACAUGGCAGAAGCUGUGGAUUCGUCGACUCAGCCUGUAACAGUGAAGAAAAAGAAAAGUCUGUCCAUUGAGGAAAAGGUUGACAUCAUAAAUGCUGUGGAAAGCGGCAAGAAAAAAGCAGAGAUCGCAGCCGAAUAUGGAAUAAAGAAAAACUCACUGUCUUCCAUCAUGAAGAAUAAAGACAGAGUUCUCGAAGCCUUUGAAUCUCUAAGAUUUGAUCCAAAGAGAAAAAGACUGAGGACAGCUUUUUAUACUGAUCUAGAAGAGGCAUUAAUGAGGUGGUAUCGUAUUGCACAGUGCCUAAAUGUUCCAGUUAAUGGUCCUAUGUUGCGUCUGAAAGCUAAUGAUUUUGCCCAGAAACUGGGACAUAAUGAUUUUAAGUGCAGUAAUGGUUGGCUGGAUCGUUUUAAGUCCAGGUAUGGUUUAGUGUUCAGAGCACAGCCUGUCGAAACUACAGGUGUAUCCAUAGACCCUUCAACUGUCUGGUACCAAAAUGUGCUUCCUUAUUAUUUAAAUGAUUAUCAACCUAAAAAUGUUUUUAAUAUAAAAGAAACUGGACUGCUUUAUCGAAUGUUACCUACGAAUACAUUUGCAUUUAAAGGAGAAACAUGUUCAGUUGGAAAGUUGUACAAAGACAGGAUAACUCUGGCAGUUGGUACAAACAUGGACGGCUCGGAGAAACUUCCUUUGCUUGUCAUUGGGAAAAACCAAACUCCGCAUUGUUUCAGAGGUAUAAAAUCACUGCCUGUGCAUUAUGAAGCCCAUAGAAUGGCAUGGAUGACCUCAGCUAUAUUUGAACAGUGGAUGCAGAAGCUUGAUGAGAAAUUUCAAGCCCAGCAACGGAGAGUGGUGAUCUUUGUUGAUUCUUUUCCUGCACAUCCAGAGGUAAAGAACCUCAAGUCCAUUGAGUUAGCCUUCUUUCCAUCAUGUUUAUCUUCCAGAUGUGUAGCCAUGAAACAAGGUGUUAUUAAAAGCCUUAAAAUCAAGUAUCGGCAAUGUCUUAUCAAGAAAUUUUUAAGUUCUGUUGAAAACAGCAAAGAAUUUACCUUUUCACUUCUGGAUGCGGUUGACACAUUGCAUCUCUGUUGGAGGGCUGUAACUCCAGAGACUAUUGUUAAAAGCUUUGAAGAAGCAGGAUUCAAGUCUCCAACGGGAGAAAACGACACUACAGAUGCAGAGAGAGCUGCUGCUCCUGACUUGGUUGGCCGUGCUCCUGGGGCAGGAAUGGAGUUCCCUGAAGGCUUGUCCAUAGAGGAGUAUGCAGCCCUGGACGAUGACUUACAGACUUGUGAAGCUGCACCGAACGAUGACUUGGAGCAGACUGAAGAAGGUAAGCCAGAUGAAACUGGAUUUUAUACUUCUGAUGAAGAGGAGGACAGUGGAGCUCUAGAAGUGGACCUUCCUUUACCAUCAAAAAGUGAAGCAACCAUGGCUUUAGUUACUCUUAAAAAAUUUCUUAGAGGUCAAGAUCUAAAUGAUGAGCUCCAUAAUUCUUUAGCAGACCUUGAAAACUUUAUUAACUCCUUAUCCACUAAAUAGUUAUUUACGGUACACCAUCUGAAUAGUAGUAACUUUUCCCAGGGUAUUUUAUUAUGUAAGGUAUGUAAAAAAAGAUGCCACUU